UUUUUGUUGUUGUUGUUGUUGUUGUUUCUUUCAGGUUCGAGGAGCCAGAGGGGAAAGCAGCCGAAGUGGCAAGAGCAACUGCGCGGCUCUUGACGGUGAGGCUGUGCGCUGCGGCGUUUGUGUUGUGUUGUGCAUCUCAGCCACCCCUCCUCCUCGUGGCGGCAUGUUGCUGUUGUUCCUGCCAACGCCUCCCCGUUGCCUUGUUGCGUGUCUCUCAGAGCAGCAGGUAGAGUGGCAGGGCGCCAGGGACACUGGGCAGCCCUCCAGCAGCACAAAACGACCGUGGCAGCAGCAACGCCGCCGACACGAAAGAUACGAAGAAGGUUGGGUAAGAGAGGCCUGGGAGGCACGCAAUAAAUUUGUGUGGACGCGAAUCGCUAAGCCGGAGUGGAAAAAUAGGUACGCCUGCACGACGCAGACGUUGUGGCAGAAAGGGGGGCACUAA